AUUAACAAGGCACCUUGUUCACGGGACCACGCGCUUUAGCCUUCGCCACCGCCUCCUUCGUUUUCCUCAUAACUACAAAUUUUCAUUCUUUUUUCUUUUUACUGUUCCCAUCUUGCUCUCGCUCUAUGCUUCGCCUCCUUCCUCAACCUUCAACCUCUCUCUCUCUCUCUGUCUCUCUCUCAAUGAAGAACAAGAAGCGUGCAACUCACCAAUGACAAAGCUACCCUCGUCUCUUGUUCCUAUACCCUUCAUCUUGGUCUCCAUCAUCAUCUUCUUCCUUUCUCUGCUCUCUCCAACCGCCGUCACUAGCCUCGGCUCUGCCUCCACCGCUGCCGUAGUCUACGGAACUGGCACCUUCUGCGGCAUUGUUGCUGGCGAACCCACUCAGAGAAUCCUAUGCUAUCAAAAUGAUCAGACUCUCCCAGUCCUUCCCAAUUUCUCCUUCCAAGCCGUCUCCGGUGGCCGGAGCUUCUUCUGCGGUCUCCUCUCCGGUGGGCUCACCCUCCUUUGUUGGGACACUGCAGAUUCAUACAUUCCCUUUCAGCCGAGACGCUUAUAUUACAGCGCCACCGUCUCAUUGACUGAUCUAACAGUUGGAGAUACUCAGGUUUGUGCCAGGGAGUUGAACACUGGGACAGUGAGAUGCUGGAGAGGAAAAGACGGAAAUGGACAUGAGUUUCCUUCUCCUAAUGAGGACCUUAAUUUUCGUGGGGUUACGUCUGGAUGUGGGUUUACUUGCGGGAUUCUGAAGGGAAACAACAGUGUUCAUUGUUGGGGUCAGAGAGAGAGUAUUAGAAAUGAGAUCCAGAGACAGUUUAGGAAUCUCUCGAUGUCAAGCCUAGUUGCAGGAGAAUCCCAUGUUUGUGGUUUGACCACCGAUGGAGUUUUGGUCUGUAAAGGAAGCUAUAACACUGGUCAAUUGAACGUUCCUUUCAGUUCACCUUCAGAAUUCUCGAGUCUUGCCUUAGGAGGGAACUUCACUUGUGCUAUCAGAAGCAGGAAUGGUCUUGUUAUGUGCUGGGGAGGAAUCAACAGGUCUGAGAUCGAGAGUGACAUGAUCCAAAAUGUUUCUUUCGAGUCAAUUAUUGCUGGUUUGGAUUAUGUUUGUGGGUUAAUGACAGGGAAUUUGUCUGUGAUCUGCUGGGGACCGGGUUGGUCUAGAAGAAGGCUUAAUAACUCUCACAGAGCAGAUCUUCUUCUUCCUCUGGGAAUGAUAAUCCCAGGUCCAUGCGUUAAGGAUUCUUGUAGCUCUUGUGGUACAUAUCCUAACUCCGAGGUUCUCUGUUAUGGUUCUGGAAGAAUAUGUUAUUCCUGCCAAACAGAGAAUCCAAUCGCAGUGCCAUUACCAAUCCCGCCCCAACCAUCGCCAUCUUCACCAAAUUCCUCAGCCCCACCUGCUGGAAUAAGAAACACAAGAGAAAGGUUAAUAUUUUUGGUUCUUGGAUCAGCCGGUGCUUUUGUGGGUCUCUGCUCAGUCCUUUUCUGCUUGUGGUUUGGAACAUGUCGUUUAUUAUUGCAGAGAAAGUCUGAACAUUUAGCUCCAGCCACAACCACCGAAGAAGCCGAUGUAGAUAUUACUUUUCCCGCUGGUUCAACCACAGACACAACCAUAAGAUCAUUCUCCAGCAAACGACAGAAUUCACGGACAUUAAGGAGCUACAGAAGAAGUGGGUCAUCCUCCAUUGUAGACAAGAUGGAGACCUUCACGUUAUCAGAGCUCGCAGCAACCACAAACAACUUCUCCGUGGACAACAAAAUAGGCUCCGGAAGCUUCGGCGUUGUGUACAGAGGCAAGCUAGAAGAUGGACGGGAAGUAGCCAUCAAGCGAGGAGAAACCUGCAGGAGAAAGAAGAAAUUCCAAGAAAAAGAAAGCGCAUUCGAUUCUGAAGUGGCUUUAUUAUCUAGGCUUCAUCACAAACACCUGGUGGGCCUCAUUGGUUUCUGCGAGGAAAACGACGAGAGACUCUUGGUCUACGAAUACAUGACCAACGGAUCACUCCACGAUCACUUACACAACAAGCACAACACUGAAAGAGCCAGCAGUGUCAUAAAUUCAUGGCAAAUGAGGAUCAAAAUUGCACUAGACGCUGCCAGAGGGAUCGAAUAUCUUCACAACUACGCAGUGCCCUCGAUAAUUCACAGGGACAUCAAGUCAUCAAACAUACUGUUAGACUCAAAUUGGAACGCCAGAGUCUCCGAUUUCGGAUUAUCAUUGAUGGGCGAGCAAGAACAUAAAUCGACAAAAGCUGUAGGAACAGUAGGGUACAUAGAUCCAGAGUACUACGUGAUGAACGUUUUGACUACAAAAAGUGAUGUUUAUGGAUUAGGGGUGGUUAUGUUGGAGCUUUUGACGGGUAAAAGAGCAGUGUUCAGAGACGAAGAUGGAGGGUCAAGUCCUGUCGGUGUGGUGGAGUACGCAGGACCGAGGAUCGGAGGAGGAGAGUUAUGGAGCGUGCUGGAUUACAGAGUCGGAGAACCGGAGGUGAACGAAGUAGAAGGUUUGGAGAUAAUGGCGUAUAGUGCGAUGCACUGUGUGAAUUUGGAGGCGAAGGAGAGACCGAGUGUGAGUGAUGUAGUGGCGAACCUGGAGAGAGCUUUGGCUGUCGUUCAAGGAAGCCCUGGUAGUGGCUCCAUUACAGCAUUCUCUUCCUCUGCUCCAUUCGAUGAACGCAAGACAACAACAUGGCGGGACGAUGAAAUCUGAAGUGUCCGUGUGUUUUAUUUCAUGGUUGGUUCGUCACCGUUUUGGAGUGAAGUAAUUAAUGCAUUUAUGACAACAUUCUUUCAUUUUUCCCACUAAGUUUGGGUUCAUUUUUUCCCCCAUAAUCUGCUUUCUUUCACCAGUUUUUUCUUGGGUUAUCAGUUUGUGUAAUUAUUUGCUUGAAUCCGAAAUGUAAAUAAUUUGAGGGGAUAAAUAAGAAAAAAUUUAAAAAU